UUAGUCAAACUACGAUGAAGGCAUUGAGAAGGAAAUCCAUUCUACUCACCGGUUACUUGGAAUACCUGAUAAAACAUUACUACAGCAAGGAUAAAACAAACCCAGAGAAGCCCUUUGUAAAAAUUAUCACACCAUCUCGGAUUGAGGAAAGAGGAUGCCAACUCACUCUAUCGUUUUCCCUUCCCAUAAAAUCUGUGUUUAAAGAGUUGGAGAAGAGAGGAGUAGCAUGUGACAUGCGAGAACCAAAUGCUCUCCGCGUUGCCCCAGUUCCUCUCUACAAUUCUUUCCGUGAUGUGCACAGAUUUAUUGAAAUCCUGGGAUCUGCAAUUACAUCUUCAAAACAAACAGCAAAUAAUACUGCACUAUCUGCUUCUUAUUGAUGGCUCAGCUGUAUCUUUUAAUCUCUUUCUGACCAAGAUGCAUUUAUUCUGCUGAGCGAUUCUUUGCUUCGAGUAGACUGAGCUAUAUCCCAUGCAAUUUGCAAAAAAAUGACUGUGCUUGAAUAGUUAUUUACAACAGACAUAGUUUUAUUAAAGCUCAUAUUUCCACUCUG